CUAGGAACCGCCCAUCCACGAACUUGCAUAACCGACAACCAAACCGUCAGUCAAACAGCUCCUUGUAACCUAUCCUUCAACUCAAUCUUACUUUACCCGACCCAGAAACAAUAUCCUUCAACCCAUUUUUCACGCCAGCGAACCUGAAUACCACAAUGUACACCUUCAAUCUCCUCGCUUUGACCGCUGUCACUCUCGCUGGGUUCUCCUCGGCUGAUUGCUAUGGGGAUGGACCAUCAUGGACCGAUUCAGCUAAGACAUCAAUGCUCAAGGAAGAACAACUCAACAGCAUCUGCUCCGGACUUAUCGGUGACUACAUACCCGGUGAGAGGCGCAGAACAUGCUUGGAAGUCGUGGAUAUAGGAAAGCUAGAAGUCAUGGUCCACCUUGUCAGUAGCAACUUCAGGACUAUGGGUCUCGCCGAAUGUAGGAGCGGGGUUUCGAAGGAGAUCAGCGGAUGCACGCAUGGUGGGAAAUCGAAAUACACGAAUUGGGAAUAUCAGGCCGACCUUAACAAGGGAAAAUGCACCGCCCCUACACCCGAGAAGCGAUCCCAUGCACGCCAGUUCCAAGCUUGAACUAUGAGGUGACAAUCCAACAACAAGCACACAUGGGAGGAAAUCAAACAGGGUUCACUUACGUCUAGACUGUCGAUGGAAGACCUUUUGUUAUCUGUUUACCGUUCUGCUUAGAAUGUCCGCUCGUUUAUGUUUAUAGAGG